AUGGUGGGUAAACGAAAGUUUACAAGUAUUGAAGGACAAGCGAAGCGUCCUAAUUAUAGCACCAUCCUUGAUGAAUGUGAGGUCACAAUUGCACUCAUCAAGGAUGCUUUAGAAUUGCUCACAAGUUUGAGUAAUGAUGUCAAUAAAACAAAUUUCAUAUCACGAUGGGUUGAAGAAUGUUCUCGCAAUGAACAAGUUUUAACAAGCAUUUUAAGAUCAUUGUACUUUACACAUGAAAAAAGUCGUUGUCAAAACAUUUUACAAUCGAUAAUGAGAUAUCGAGUAUUGUUCGAAUCUCAAACGAUAGUGGGCGGUGGUGUACAAGACCUUAAUGUUAAUAAUCGUGUAAGAUGGGCUAUGUGUGAGAGUGCAUUUGAAUGCCGCUUAUAUACGUAUGUGAUAAUAAACAUUGUACAUAUAGACAUAACUGCGUUUCUGAAUGAUGCGGCCAUUUUGUUCAAACGUCAUAUAAAUGACGUUGUAAAAAAAAAUGGCCCCUUCACGAUCUACGGUGUACUAACUGCCAACUUCAAGAGGAUGCAGAAUGAAGAAGAAGUGGUGCAGCCAAUACCAUUCAUAGCCAAAUCUAAUAGUAUAUUUCAAACAACACCAUUAGAGGAAUGGUUUGAGAUAAAUAUGAAGCAGCCAAUCUUAAGGAAAGUUGAAGAAUUUUAUGAGAAAGGGUCUAGCUGGAAUCUGCAGUCAAUCAUUAAGUUAGAGAUUAAUGUAAAUAAAUAUAACCCAAUGCGUGCGAGUUCAUAUAUCAACUUACCUAGUCAAAUUAAUCGAAAAAAGGCAUGUAUUAAUGUACAAAACAAAGAUAAAAAAUGUUUCAAAUGGGCUGUAUUGUCAGCUUUGCACUCAAAUAUAAGAGAUGCAUAUCGCGUAUCAAGCUAUAAAGACUUUGACAAUGAACUAAACUUUGAAGGAAUAGAAUUUCCUGUAUCGUUGAAAAGUAUUGUGAAAUUUGAAAAACUUAAUGAUAUAUCGAUUAAUGUCUACGGCCUUACCAAAAGGUAUGGUAAUUUUUCAGUUCACCCUCUUCAUCUCACCGCAGAGAAGAGGGUGAAACAUGUAAAUCUACUGCAUGUAGUAGAUUUUUAUUUCGAUGAAAGCAUGAACCAAAAUUGUAACGAUAAUGAUGUUAAUUUCGAAAAUUUCCACUAUGUAUGGAUUAAGGACUUAUCACGACUUGUCUCGAAACAAUUGUCUAAAAGAGAUCAUAAACAGUUUAUUUGUGACCGUUGUUUACACUACUUCUCAUCUGUAGAAAGAUUAAAUUCACACGAUGAAAAUUGUAAACUAAAGAAUAUAUGUAGCGUAAAACUACCGAAACCUGAGAAUUGUAUAGUUACGUUUAAGAACUAUGUAAACAAGGAAAAAGUUCCUUUUGUCAUCUACGCCGAUUGUGAAAGUUUACUUCUCCCCGCUGAAGAAGAUACAGAUAAUUUAAGUAAAACUGAAAUUUUCCAGCGUCAUAAAUUGCUUAGUAUAGGUUAUUAUGUAAAAUGUAGUUACGAUGACUCAUUGUCCGUGUAUUUACCGUGUCCAAGGCAGGAAAAUGAUCCUGCCAAGUGGUUUGCUGACGAGUUAAGGCAAUUUUCCGAGAAAAUUGAUAAUGUAUUUAAAAAUCCUAUUUCUAUGGAUGUCUUAACUAAACAGCAAAUAGCUGAUUUUAAUAAAGCAACAGUGUGCCAUAUUUGUCAGACGCAUAUACCAGCGGGUGUUAAAAAAGUGCGAGAUCACUGUCAUCUUACUGGUAAAUACCGAGGUGCUGCGCAUGAGUCAUGCAACUUGAAUUAUCAAGAGUGUCAAAUCGUACCCAUUGUAUUUCACAAUUUAAGUGGGUACGAUGCACACUUUAUAAUUCAUGCUGUAUCGACGAGCUUUGAAGGUCGAGUUGACCUCCUCCCCUUGAACAAGGAGAAAUAUAUCUCCUUUACGAAAAAUAUCAAGGGGAGUGAGGUUAAAUUCCGCUUCAUCGACUCGUUUCGAUUCAUGGCUGCAUCUCUCGAGAAGUUAGCGUCAUACCUUGAUGAUUAUAAAAUUGUAAACGCCGUUUUUGCCAGUACGGUGACUGAUCCAGAUAAAAUUAAGUUAUUAACUCGAAAGGGUGUAUUCCCCUAUGAGUACUUUGACUCAAAAAGUAAGCUAGAUGAGACAGAAUUGCCUCCGAAAGAGAAAUUCUACAGUACUCUCUACGACGCUGGUAUAUCUGAUGAUGAAUAUGAGCAUGCCCAAAAAGUCUGGUCUGAAUUUAAUUGUCAAACCCUUAACGAUUAUGUUCACCUUUAUAUGAAAACUGAUGUGUUAUUACUUGCUGAUGUAUUUGAGAACUUUCGCGAACAGUGUGUAAAAGCGUACGGGUUAGAUCCAGCACACUAUUACACUACCCCCGGUUUAACUUGGGAUGCUAUGCUAAAAUAUACGGGCAUAGCAUUGCAACUUAUAACCGAUAUAGACAUGAUGAUGUUUAUUGAGUCGGGCAUCAGAGGUGGCAUUAGCCAGUGUUGUAACCGGUAUGCUAAAGCGAACAAUCCCUAUAUGGAUCAGUUUGAUCCAUCUCAAGACAUUAAGUAUAUUAUGUAUUUCGAUGCCAAUAAUUUGUACGGUUGGGCAAUGACGCAGGCACUUCCAAUUGGUGGUUUUAAGUGGAUUGCCAAUCCUAACGAGACGUUCGACUUCAACGUACCCGACGACUCUUCAGUCGGGUAUAUGUUGGAAGUUGACCUCGAGUAUCCCGAGAGCCUGCAUGAUUUUCACAAAGACAUGCCGUUUUGCGCAGUAAAUGCAAAACCUCCUACUUCUAAGCAUGAGAAAUUACUCACGACUCUCCUGCCUAAAGAAAAGUAUGUCAUACAUUAUCGUGCUUUAAAACAGGCUCUGGGAAACGGUAUGAAGCUCGUAAAAAUUCAUCGAGUGCUUAAAUUUAACCAAUCCAAAUGGUUGAAACCCUACAUUGAUUAUAAUACUGCCAUGCGAACCACUGCGAAAAAUGAAUUUGAAAAGAAUUUAUUCAAAUUGAUGAAUAACGCAGUGUAUGGUAAGACCAUGGAAAAUGUUCGCAAGCAUGUUGACAUUAAGCUGGUUACACACUGGUACGGCCGAUAUGGUGCCGAAGCUCUCAUCUCUCGACCAAAUUUCCACAGUCGAGCGAUCUUCGAUGAGGACCUUGUGGCCAUUGAACUGCGUAAGACUGAGAUUCUACUCAAUAAACCAAUUUAUGUGGGUUUAAGUGUGUUGGAUAUCUCGAAAACGCUGGUCUAUGACUUUCACUACAGUUACAUGCUCCAGAAAUAUGGUGGAGCAUGUAAACUGUUGUACACAGACACAGACAGUCUAGUGUAUGAAGUGAAAUGUCAAGACAUUUACAAAGACAUGAAAGAAGACAUUGAAAAGUUUGACACAUCUGAUUUUCCCACGAACAACGUGUAUGACAUGCCGCAAGCCAACAAAAAAGUGCUCGGCCUCAUGAAGGAUGAGUGUAAUGGUAAAAUAGUUACCGAAUUUGUUGGCUUGCGGAGUAAAAUGUAUAGCAUACGCGUUGCAGGUGAGGAUUUUGUUAAGAAAGCUAAAGGCAUUAAAGCAGGGGUCGUCAAAAAGACAAUAAACUUUGAUGACUAUGUAAAAUGCCUUCGCAAUUUUGAAAUUCAGACUAGAACUCAAUAUAAUAUUAGGUCACGGUUACAUAAUGUAGAAACUGUUAAACAAGUGAAAGUAGCAUUGAGUCCGCAUGAUAAUAAACGGUACUUGUUACCGGGGAGUACCGACACUCUACCGUGGGGUCACUAUGCGAUCCCAAAUCUCGACGAUUUGUAA